GGUGAUCGACCUGCAUCAUUGGUUAAUGAAUGAUUUGUUAAAUCUAGGGACAGCGUUGCGGUGCUGGUGCGGAGGUCGGGUCUCCGGGCUGCGGGGUCUGACGCUCGGUUGGAGGGCGCUGCUCGCUGCUGCUGCUGCCGUGGAAGCGGGUCGGAGCUCCAUGUGUGGCCGGCCCUCCACUGGAGUCAAUCCCACUGACCACGGACCAGCGAAGCAGGGCUGUCAGACGUCGUUGAACUGCGAAUUAAAGACUGGCCGGACUGUCACUGACGGCUGCGAAGGCGGUUAAUCCAUGACUAUCAAUUUGCAAUUUGUGGGAGAGAAGGUUUGGGAUAGAGAGUGUGUCGCAUUGUAGAACAGGCUGUGUGAUACGAGGAGAUCCCUGCGUGGACACAGUGCUGUGUGGCUCGGUGCCUGUCAGGCCAAAGACUGUCAUCUUGUCCUGGGCUGUAAGUCCAGCCAGGAAACUUUUGGGAAUCCGUGUCGUGGGAGAGCGAGUGUGGCCAUCCGUGAGCCGGUGCACCCGGGAACAAGGAGCCAUGGACAUGUCUGCGACCGUGGGCACAGGGCAGAGCUCUAACACCUUCACCAGGGUCUUUGGGCACCAGUGUGAGAUCAUGCAGGCAGCUGUCCAAUCCCUGGAUACUCUAAAUGAACAGAUCACAUAUUUCAUCGCAAGCAAGUCUGUAGCAGUGGACACUCAGCGCGAUGCUUUGUUGCCCGAGGAGCAGGACACCCUGAAGAAAUCACUGGCCUUAAUGAGACAGCUGCUCAUGGAUGUACAGGGCAAGAUCCUCACCACCAUGGAAGACAAUAAGCAGCUGGCGGCGAAGAUCGAUGUGGCCGUGCAGUCGGCCAGCCGCGAGGUGACCAGCCUGAGAGCCGAGCUGACGGCCACCAGCCGCAGACUGGCCGAGCUCAGCCCCGGGGCCGACUGCGCCGGCAUGGACACCAAGCACGGAGAAGAUGACUGUGACGUGCGAUCUGACGAGCUGCAGCAUCAUGUGACAGUGCUGCUUCGUGAGGAGGUUUCCCGGCUCCAGGAGGAGGUACAGUGGCUGAGGCAGAUGAAGGAAAUGCUAACGAAGGAGCUGGAGGAUUCGAAUGCAGGAAAAUCAGCCGAGAUCCUGUCGGUGACUGAGCUGAAAGUGCAGCUUGCCCAGAAGGAGACCGAGCUAGCCCGAGCCAAAGAAGCCCUGCAGGCCAUGAAGACUGACCGUAAACGAUUAAAAGCUGAAAAGGCCGACCUGGUAAACCAAAUGCAACAACUAUAUGCGACACUAGAGAGCCGGGAGGAGCAGCUGCGAGAUUUUAUAAGGAAUUAUGAGCAACACAGAAAGGAGAGCGAAGAUGCAGUGAAGGUUUUAGGAAAAGAGAAAGACUCACUGGAGCGAGAGAAAUGGGAUCUACGUAGACAAGCCAAGGAGGCAACUGAUCAUGUGACUGCACUUCGAACACAGCUGGACCUGAAGGAGAACAGGAUUAAAGAACUGGAGGCAGAGUUGGCCAUGAUAAUGAACCGUAUGGGCCAGAAAAUGGAAUAUCGCAUUUUCGAUCGUUCAGCUGAGAAGGAGUCCUUCCCUCGAGUGCUGGCGGCUAAGCAGUCCCUAGCCACACUGACCAAGGAUGUCCCCAAGAGGCACUCACUGGCGAUGCCGAGCGAGAGCAUGUUAAACGGGAAUCAGGAGUGGGUGACGCAGUCAGACCUUCCACUCACUGCAGCAAUUCGACAGAGCCAGCAGACAUUGUAUCAUGCACAUCACCACUCGGUAGACAGGCAAGGAGUGCGAGUCAGCCCCUGUCACUCGAGGCAACCGUCCACCGUCUCGGACGCCUCGGUGCUUGAAGGUGAAAGGUCGUCCACACCAAGUGACAUCAACUCACCGCGACAUCGGACACACUCACUCUGUAAUUCACUAGAAGAUCUAGAAGAACAAAAGAGGAAGAAAAAGAAGGAGAAGAUGGUGUUUGGUUCCAUUUCGCGGGUGUUUGCCAGGGGCAAGCAACGGAAAUCCCUGGAUCCCGGCCUGUUUGAUGAUUCCGACAGUUUGUCCAGCCCCACACACCUGAGCCUCAGUUUAUCAGAGGGCGAUGAGCAUCUGGACAGGUUACAGCAGGUGGAGAUUGCAAGGACCAUGCCGAUGUCUCAGUGGAAGGCGGGUACUGUACAGGCCUGGCUGGAGGUUGUCAUGGCGAUGCCAAUGUACAUCAAAUCCUGCACGGAGAAUGUCAAAAGUGGAAGGGUCUUGUUGAGUCUGAACGAUGAAGACUUGGAGAAGGGGCUGGGAGUGAACAGCUCGAUGCAUCGGCGUAAGCUGCGGCUUGCGAUUGAGGACUAUCGGGAGGCUGAGUGUGGGAAGGGGUUGUCCAAGGCCUCAGAGCUGGACCAUCAUUGGGUUGCCAAGGCAUGGCUGAACGAUGUGGGCCUCCUGCAGUAUUCCCAGGCUUUCCACAACCACCUCAUUGACGGCCGAAUGCUGAACUCGCUGACAAAACGGGAUCUGGAAAGGUACCUGAAUGUGUCGAAGAAAUUUCACCAGAUCAGUCUCCUGCUUGGCAUUGAGCUGUUUCGACAGUGGGACUUUGACAGAGAGAUUCUGCAUGAAAGAAGAGCCUGGUGUGAAAAUCACAAUGUGGAUCCUCUGGUCUGGACCAACCAGCGAGUCAUAAAGUGGGUGCGGGAGAUCGACCUUAAGGAGUAUGCAGACAACCUUCUCAAUAGCGGUGUCCAUGGUGCAGUGCUCGUCCUUGAACCCACCUUUAACUCAGAAGCCAUGGCAACAGCACUAGGAAUUCCCAGCAACAAGCACAUUAUCAGGCGACAUCUCUUUGAAGAGCUGAACUUAAUCGUCAAUCCUGCCAGGCAUGGAUUGUUACAGGAAAGUCAGAGAUUGGGGCAGCUAUGUUAUGUACAACAGGGCUCACUGGGACAUUAUCACACUGGUGAGAGUGUUCUAGGAUAUGCAGAGGAUGAAACCAGCAGAAAAUACAGAACAGGAAGGGGACCAAUGGAUUCAGUGAAGGCCUUCGGUGGAAAAGAUCUCUGCUUCCGUGAGGGCUACUCCUCCCAUCCACAAGGAGCCAGCGAGGAUGAACUGCCCAGGACAGCACGCUGCUCUCUCCAGACCUUCACUGGGAUAGAGGUUACCAAUGUAUAGGGCAAGGUUGGACACUGGAUAUUGGAAUCAACUGGAAUACGUUCACCCACAGAUCCAACCACACAAAAGUGAACCAGCUGCUCAGAAGAGGAAUUUAGGACUUUCUGGCCAAGUGAACAGAGUUUUUUUUAUAUUUAUGUUAAGUGGAUUGGGUCAUUGUUAUUUCCAGUUGGUUGUGGAUGGUUGCCAUGCGGAAGCAGGUGAAUGCUGAUGGUUCGGUGGAAAACUGUCUCUUAUUAACCAGCUCAAGCCCAAGCUAUGGUUGACAUUGUGCCCAAGCAUCAGGCACUUUGGAUCUAUUCUGAAUAUAGCUUUUCAGCACUGCAGAUCCUUAUUGCAAGUGGAUUUUGAUUUAACUGAAGAGAAUGGAAAGUCCAUAGUGAACUUGCUCUAAUGUAAGGUUUCUAUCCUGUAUCUUUUCACUUAAGUGGAGAUAAGUUUAACAGUCCUCCUAAUUGUGUUUCAUAAAAAAAAGGGCUUACAAGUCCAGCUUUAAACCUGUAGUUCGCAUAUUAAUGGGGGAAUUUCAGCUUCAGAGGACAAGCAUGGUGCUCUGCAAACUUUGUAACUGAACCAAACCACCAGCAGCAGUUUCAUGUUCAGUGUUAAUUGAUCACAGUCUGCAAAAGGUUGUCCAAAUGUUACAAGGGGAGGAAAGUCCAGGGAGUUUUACUUCAAUGCAGUUCCUUGUUUAUAUAAAAAAUUUUAAUCAUCAGAUAUUUACCCUAUUUUGUUUAUAAAUGUCAGUGUUACUGAUACUGUGGAGAACCUUGCUUACCCUUGUGUGGGAAGGGGGCUACAGUGAAAAUAUUGAACAUGGAACCAAAUAGGACUUUAACAUAGCCUUGGCAUUUCCAACCAUUGGUAGAACUAGUUAUUGUUUACCAAGAAGGACAUGUCCCAAUCAGGCUGUUGACUUGGAAAGUUGAAACCUUGAGUUGACGUUGUUAGACAGAACCUCCCCUGAUGCUGUAAAGAAAACAGUGUAGAAACGAACCAAAUGGACCUGGAAGAUCCCAGGUUCAGUUCCAAGUAUGUGCAGACUGGUUGCCAUCAGACCAUGUUACUCUUCCCUACAGUACCCAUGGUGAUUUAGUGGUUUCACAUCACCACUACCCGCACCCCACCCCACCCUCCCCCACCAAUGGUAGGUCCUUCAAGGUGUGGCCUUUGAGAUUGUGGCUGAAGAUGUCAAUGUGAUGAAAAGCAGACACUAUUUCUGUGAGUUGUUUAAGUGUGUACUGGAUGCUUUAUUCCCAACACACUUAUUGUGCUUUCUUUGUUGAAGGAGGUGAUAUAUCCAUAAAAAAAUUGCUGAUAAACAUCAAUGUCAGUCCUAUAGAACAGUAGUUUGUAUUUCCAAUCUACUUACUGUAUCUCUGACCUACCUGACCCUUUGACUUUGCUUGCUUUGGUUCUAGGAGAGUGGAACUAGUCUUCAGUUGACAUGGAGUUCCAGGCAGAUGUGAGUCAUUCCAUUUAAGGCUAGGAGUACAACAACUGUCUAAGUCAGAUGUUUAUGUUAAAAUAAAAGCUGCCAGGCAGUUAUAAAGCACAAUAACUACUUUCAGAGAAGUUUGUGCAGGCAGGUUGCUCCAAGCUACUCAAGAGAUAAGGUGAGCCAACAAGCCACAGAAGCAAAAGAGUAGGGCCAGAUCAGCUGAAAAAGGAAAACUUGCAAAAAACAUUCCUCAGAUACUAUAUCUGUGUGUUUAUUAAGGUGCGAUGUCAUCGGUACUAAUACAGUUUGACAAACCAACUAACUGCUCUAAAUCCCUCAUGAAUUGUAGAAUCAAAGUGUAUUUACGCUGCUUUUCUGAUAUAUUUGAAAGCAGCCAGUCUGACACUACUCUCUUCUAUAACAAGAACAAGACAUGAACUGUUUUAACCUUUGGAGAAUGUUAAAACUAAUUGUACUGAUUUUACUUUGUAUUCUGUGAAUAUUUGUUGAUAGAAAAAAGGCAAUGCUUUUUUUAAUUUUAAGUGUACUUACAGAGAUUUUAUAUUAUUUUUACUUGUUAUAUUAUUUCAAAUGCAACAGAAAUCUAAGUUCCCAGUGUUGCCUCUUACACAUUCCUUUUUUCCCAAAUGCAUUGCUGUUAAUUAUAAUGGAAAGGAUUUAGAAUUCAAAGGGGCACCUAAAGACUCAAUGAAUCUCCCACAGAGACUGCUGG